CCCUAAACCAAUGCUAUUCAAUAUUGCAACAUUACAUUGUUUCAUAUAAAAGUGAAUUGUGACGGAGUUUACUUGCCGCCCUUCAGUAACUCUUGCCCCUUACAAAAGUCACGGAGCCUUUGUGUUUCUUUUUAUAAUGAGCCAUUUGGCAAAAGUAGCAUAAAGCCCUUUCCUCUACCAAAAAUAACAAGUAAACUAAUGCUUAUUUAUUAGCGCACCUUAUCAACUGCAGCCAAGACUCGUCUUGUAUUUUCUGGAAUUCAGCCUACGGGCUCACCUCACCUUGGCAACUACCUUGGCGCAUUAGCUAAUUGGGUUAAACUUCAAGACCCUGAUCCAGCCACAGAAAGUAUGUCCAUACCUUACUACAGCAUAGUUGAUUUGCAUGCGAUUACUAUGCCCCAAGAUCCUGCUCAAUUACGAGAAGCCAAGCUCAACAUGGCUACGACAUUAUUAGCUUGUGGCGUCGAUCCCAAUCGCAGUGUUUUAUUUGAGCAAAGUCGGGUCAGAGCACACUCUGAGCUUGCUUGGAUCUUCAAUUGUAUCACUCCUGUAGGCUGGCUUGGCAGAAUGACCCAAUGGAAGUCCAAGCUAGAAAAGAGUAAAGGUAUUGGACAUGGGUCUGCUCUGGCAGACGAAAGUCUAAAAGCGGAUUUAAAAAUGGGCCUUUUCGACUACCCUGUCUUGCAAGCGGCUGAUAUCUUGCUUUAUAAAGGAACACAUGUUCCUGUAGGCCAGGAUCAGAUGCAGCACCUCGAGCUGGCACGCGACAUUGCUGAUUUAUUCAACAAGACGUUCAAAACAGACAUGUUCCCUAAACCAAAGGCUAUUAUACCUCCUGCCACACAACGUGUCAUGUCCCUCCGUGAUCCAAAUUCCAAAAUGUCAAAGUCAGAUAUCUCCGAUAUGUCUCGAAUCAACCUUACAGAUUCUCCUGCUUUGAUAAAGAAAAAAAUCAUGAAGGCCACGACAGAUUCGGUUACUGGUGUAUCCUACGAUCCUGAAGUCAGGCCAGGUAUAUCCAAUCUGGUGAGCAUAUAUUCUGCAGUAAAGGAAAUUAGUAUCGAAGAUGCCCUAAAGAAAUGUGCUUACAUCACUAGUACAAAGGAAUUUAAGGAGACAGUUGCUGAGGCAGUGAUUGAAAGGCUACAGCCAGUACAAACUGAAUUAGCUCGACUUCAAGCAGAUCAAGGUUAUGUGAAGCAGGUGCUUGAUCAAGGUGCAAAUAAAGCGGAAGAAGUAGCAAACAAAACAAUGGAGGAAGUGUAUAAAGUAGUAGGGCUUCGAUAGAUUUUUAUUUCUUUUGUUUUUUGUUUUUUUUUUUU